GGGUCCGACCGCCCGCCGGCUGCAGCUAGGCUGGGCCUUGCCGCCUGAUUGGCCAACCGGUGGGGGCGCGGGGCAACGAGGCCGGCCUUAGCGGAGGCCUGAGCAGAGAUGGCAGCGGUGCUGGGGAAGGCGGCAGCAGUAGGCAGAGCCCGGCACCCCCUGCAGCUGGGGCUGCUGCGGCGGGGCUGCGCUGGGGUCGCAGUGGAUGACACGGUCAAUGGGCUGAGCGAGGAGCAGCGGCAGCUUAGACAGACAAUGGUCAAGUUCUGUCAGGAGUAUUUGGCUCCAAAGGCCCAAGAAAUCGACCAGAAGAAUGAGUUUAAGGGCAUGCAGGAGUUCUGGAAGAGGCUCGGGGAGCUGGGAGUUCUGGGAAUUACAACUCCUGUGGAAUAUGGUGGAUCUGGAAUGGGGUAUCUGGAUCACGUGUUAGUGAUGGAGGAAAUCUCUCGAGUUUCGGCAGCUGUUGGACUCAGUUAUGGUGCCCACUCAAACCUUUGUAUUAACCAGUUAGUACGGAAUGGCAAUGAAGCACAGAAAGAGAAAUACCUACCCAAGCUAAUCAAUGGGGAGCACAUUGGAGCCCUGGCAAUGAGCGAACCCAACGCUGGUUCUGAUGUUGUCUCUAUGAAGCUCAAGGCAGAUAGAAAAGGGGAUUACUUUGUUUUGAACGGGAACAAGUUUUGGAUCACUAACGGGCCAGAUGCUGAUGUUGUAAUAGUUUAUGCUAAAACAGAUCUCAGUGCUGUUCCAGCCUCCCAGGGUAUAACAGCAUUCAUCGUGGAGAAGGGUAUGCCUGGUUUCAGCACUGCUCAGAAGCUUGAUAAGCUGGGAAUGAGGGGGUCCAAUACCUGUGAAUUGAUCUUUGAGGACUGUAAGAUUCCUGCUGAGAAUAUCUUGGGGCAGCUGAGUAAAGGAGUCUACGUUCUGAUGAGUGGCUUGGAUCUGGAGAGACUCGUACUGUCUGGUGGACCACUGGGAAUCAUGCAGGCUGUUCUUGACCAUGCUUUUCCAUACUUACACGUGAGAGAAGCAUUUGGACAGAAAAUUGGCCACUUCCAGCUCAUGCAGGGUAAAAUGGCAGAUAUGUACACACGGCUGAUGGCAUGUCGGCAGUAUGUGUACAAUGUAGCAAAGGCUUGCGACCGAGGACACUUCAAUGCAAAGGAUUGUGCAGGAGUGAUCCUGUAUUCAGCAGAAUGUGCUACACAAGUAGCUCUGGAUGGAAUUCAGUGUCUAGGUAAGAAUGUUGCUUCCUCCAUCAUGAGAAAGGGUGACCUGUGGUGGAUUGAAACAUGCAGGAAUACAGGCUCUCUGUUGUCCCUCUCCUUGUUGUUGAGUUCAGUAGGCAAGAAAUGCCUUUUGCAGUAUGUCUUAACUAUUUACCUCUGUUCUUCAACUGGGAAGCUUUCUGUAAAUGUGUCUGUACAGAAUCAGCCCAUACCCUGUUCUUUCUUGGUUUUCAUCUCUUCUCUUUGUGAUUUGUAGGUGGUAAUGGUUACAUCAAUGAUUAUCCUAUGGGUCGCUUCCUGCGUGAUGCCAAGCUAUAUGAGAUAGGGGCAGGAACCAGCGAGGUGCGGAGACUUGUCAUUGGCCGGGCAUUUAAUGCUACUUUUAAUUAACACCUACCAUUCAACGAGAAACAUUCUCAACACCAAGAAGCCUUUGAUCAUAGUGGUGGUGCACAAAAAAAUUUUUUUUGCAUAUCACAGUCACUGCUGGUUGAUUAUUAUCCGUUUGAUGAACAAAUGCUACUAGGUUUAACUGGGCUCUGCUGACCGAAUGAAUUGGGCAGGAGAACAGAAGUAAACGUGUGUUCAUGUGAUCAGCCUGAAUUGUUCCUUCAUCAUACUCAGCAGCCAUUUUGAUCCUUAAAUCUAAGGAGUUGAGGAUGAAGUUUUUGCCAGGGGUAUAUGACAGUCAAAGCAGGAUGUUUCUUGCAUGAUGAACUGUUGACUAGGAAAAAUCAGUUAAUGAGCAUUAUAGGUUUCAGAGUAGCAGCCGUGUUAGUCUGUAUUCGCAAAAAGAAAAGGAGGACUUGUGGCAUCUUAGAGACUAACCAAUUUAUGUGAGCAUAAGCUUUCGUGAGCUACAGCUCACGAUCAAUCUAGAGGGAAUGGACAUUGGAUCAAUCCAGAAAGAAUGGACAAUGGAAAUGGAAUUUUUAUCAUCUUUAAAAAUUUAGAGUGCUGUGAAUAAGUAGCAUUUUUAACAUGCUGCUGCUGGAAGAUGGUAAUUUUCCAGUGUGACACUCCACCAGUAUGUUAACCUCCUGGUGCCAGCCAGUUAACAAUUUCAGCUUUGCGAAUCCAAAUGCCAGCUGACUUUGGGGUAGAUACUUCUACUGUUAACAUCAAAGGAUUUCAGCUACACAUGCAGUACUGUAAAAAAUGUUGCCUAAAACCCUGCUAAGAAGUCGUGUAUUUUUCUCUGCCCAUUCCCUUUCCUAUCCUUGCUGCUUAGCAAGAUAUUUGAAUGUAAUCUGAAGUCUUCACUCUUCUGAUUGGCUGCCUUCUGCUGUCUGAUUCAUUUGUUGAUGUCACUAUCCGUCAUUCUGGAAGCUUUUAAAAUGUCAAACCCUAUAUUGUGGCAUCCGUCAAUGAAUCAGGCAAGAGGAGGUUUACUUAUUUUAAAGGGUUCUCUGUUGGCGAGUGUUCUGCACUUGUACUCCUAAAUUUAAUUGGCCAUAAGGAAAAAGAAAGAAAGCCUAGCGAGAAAAUUUGGGGCAGUUUUAAGGGGGGGUUAGGGAAACAUUAUAUGGAGUAGUUUAAAUCUUGUGUGGUCUAUUUUUAAUAAGGGGAAUACAGCAGUGUGUAAUAAAACUUCAAAGAGUGAAUUACAGGAAAAAAUUAAAUCUCUUGAUAUAAUAGACCAGCGAAUUAAACAGCUGCCAUCUUGACAGUCUCAUGUAGGUUAAAAACAAUACAGCUUGUAGUUUUAUUUCUUUUUCUCUGUAUAUUUGGUGUUUGUCUAGAUGGUGACUCUAAGCCAGCACACAAUACAGUAUUUUGAAACAUCCAUUUAAUAAUCUAAACCAACAGUAUAAAAAGACACUAUAAGAAAUGCCUAGACCCAACUAAAAUCCACCUUACUCAGUUUCCUCUGGGGAAAAAAAAACCUGAUAGCUACAUAGGUCAUGUGGUAUGCACAGUAGGUCUUCUGGCCCAAGGGGAGAGGCAGCUCCCAGAGCCAUGGGUCUGCCCUUGGAAUGCCCAACCCUCAGACUGGGGACUGUCAUCUCAAGCAUCCCAACUGAGUUUUACUACUCUGGAAAAGCACACAGAGAGUUGAUCUCUGAGAUACCCUGGGCCCAAAGCACAAAGGGCUUUAUUAAUUGAGGCUGACACCUUGGCUUGCACCUGAAUAUCAUCUGGAAGCCAGGGCAGACUUUGAAGCACAGGUGAAAUAGGCUUCACUUGUGAAACACCAAGUACAUUUAUGUGCUGAAUAUAUGAGAAUGGAAAUGUUAAAUGUUCUCAUUUAUUUAGAUGAGUGAACUACUUAAGCUUUACCUCAGAAUAAUUAUGAAUGUCCUCCCCUCUCCUACAUUCAAACUGCAUUCACUGCAUUGCCGCCAGUGCCUCAAGAAAGAUCUAAGGUGGGAUUUUUCAACACUGCCUAACAGAUUUGGAUGUCCAGUUCCCAUUACAGUUUGUGGGGGGAAUUGGGUAUCCAACUCCUGUAGCCAGCUUUGAAAAUCUCAGCCCCAGUCCCAUGAUGCAUCAGUGAAAUGGCAGCUCCUUUAGAGAGAGAGCCAGUAGCAGCACGGGUGGCAAUGAAGGGGCUGAGACCAUGCAUGAUACUUUUUAAAGUAAUUGAAAAUUCAUUUUUUACAGAUAUGUUCUUUAGUUCUUUGAUAUGAGAAUGAAUUUCCUUGAGUUUUCCUUGAAGUUGUUUAAAAGACAAAAACAAAACCUCACAUUGGCACUGAAUCAUAGCUUUGUAAUCUGUCUUGGUCCAAAGGAACCCCACUGAAAUGAAUGUCAAAACAAUCUCAGGAUCUUUCAAGCACCUAGAAUUGUUAAGAAUCCAUGUUCUGAGUCAGAAUGGAACCUGUAUACCAUGACUUUUAAACCUGCCUCUAGCCCUGGCAUUGCUUGUUUUAAUACAAAUAAUAAAUAACAUCCCACUUUCUGGGCUGAUCAGCACCUCAAGGUCAAGGCAAAAUGAAUCUGUGUCUAAUGCACUAUCGGAUAGGACGGGAGGAGAGAGCCAUAAAUCUUAGGAAAGGUUACGUUAAUCAAACUGCAUACACUUCCCAUACAUCACUGUGGUGAAUAUCGAGUGAUCUGUCUUGCGAAAAGCAUUGGUCAAGGGGCUCUUUCCACAUACUGAGCAGUUCUCCCUGUGGUGAAUGACAGGGAAUCUCCUGGCUAAGUGGGGGAGGGUCUGUGAUUAGGGUUUUGUUUUUUAACAUGUACAAUGCCAAUAAAGAUAUCUACUCUUAAACACA